AUGGAAAAUGAUAUUAUUUUUACACCACUUGGAGCAGGACAGGAAGUUGGAAGAUCAUGCCAUCUUCUUCAAAUUCGUAAUAAAAAUAUUAUGUUAGAUUGUGGAAUUCAUCCAGGUUUAUCAGGAGUUGAUUCAUUACCUUUUAUAGAUUCUUGUGAUAUGGAUACAAUAGACAUGCUUUUAGUGACACAUUUUCAUUUAGAUCAUGCUGGUGGUGUUCCAUUUAUUUUAACAAAAACACGAUUCAAAGGGAAAUGUAUUAUGACACAAGCUACAAAAGCUAUAUAUAAAAUUUUAAUGACAGAUUAUUUACGAUUAGGUUCUAAAGAUAGUAAUAGAAUUAUGUUUAAUGAAGAUGAUCUCGAACAAAGUUUAAAAAGAAUUCAAACUGUAGAUUUUCAUGAGGUUAAUGAAAUUGAUGGUGUAACUAUUACAGCAUAUGUAGCAGGUCAUGUUCUUGGUGCAUGUAUGUUUGCUAUUGAAAUUGAUGGAUUAAAAGUAUUAUAUACUGGUGAUUUUUCAAGAGUUGAAAGUAGGCAUUUAUGUUCAGCUGAUAUUCCUCCAUUUAAACCAGAUGUUUUGAUAACUGAAGCCACUUUUGGAUGCCAAAAUCAUGAAUCUCAAGAAGUAAGAGAAAAAAGAUUUAUAACUAUGGUUAGUAGUGUUAUGAAAAGAGGUGGUAGGUGUCUUAUACCAGCAUUUGCUGUUGGUACAGCACAAGAAUUAAUGCUUAUACUUGAUGAAAUGUGGGAAAAAAAUAAACGAUUUCAAAAAAUUCCAAUUUAUUAUUGUAGUGGUUUGGCAAAAAAAUGUAUGGCUGUAUAUCAAACAUUUUUAAGUAGUAUGAAUAAUAGAAUUCAACAAUCAACUACCAAUAAUCCUUUUCACUUUAGACAUAUUCAAAAUUUAAAAUCAAUUGAUGUAAUUAAUGAAAAAGGAUCUUGUGUUGUUUUAGCAUCACCAGCAAUGUUACAAAGUGGAAUGUCAAGAGAGUUAUUUGAAAGAUGGUGUACAGAUAGUAAAAAUUGUAUUGUUUUAGCUGGAUAUUCUGUUGAGGGUACCCUUGCAAAACAUUUAUUAACAGAUCCUGAUGAAAUUGUUGCUAUGAAUGGUCAAAGAUUACCACUUAAAAUGCAAGUUGUUUCAUGUUCUUUUGCAGCUCAUGUUGAUUAUCAGGCUGCAUCAGAUUUUUAUUUAAAAUUAAAACCUGAAAAAUUAAUUCUUGUACAUGGUGAAGCUAAUGAAAUGGCAAGAAAACAGACAGCGUUAAUAAAUUUAUUUAAAAAAGAAGGUCAGGAAACUGAGGUAUUUAGUCCAAAAAAUUUAGAACAACUAAAUAUUAACAUAGAUAAAGAUAGAUUAUUACUACUUCGUGGUACUAUAUCAGAGAAAACUUUAAAAACUGGAGAUAGAUUAGAAGGUAUUAUGGUAAAACAUAGUGCCUAUUAUCGACUUAUUUCACCAGAUGAAAUUUUAAAAUAUACAGGAAUUAAGGCACAUAAUCAUUUUCAAACUAUUUGGCAUGUAAUGGAGUCAGGUUUCGAAAAUUUAAAAUUCAAUCUUUGCCAAUUGACAACUGAUGUUAAAAUUGAUCAAUUAAUUAUGAAUGUUGGUAAUUCAGAAGCUCCAGCUUUUAAAGUAACUCUUUAUAAUGAUGAUAUGAUAUUAUACAUAUAUACAAGGUCGAAAAAAGUUGCUUUGUGUUAUCAAUGGGGUCCAUUACAAGAUAUAUAUGCAGAUUGUAUAGCGGGAGCUAUAAUUCAUGCAAACUUGAAUCCUUUACCAAUAAAAACUAUGUUAAAAUUGGAAGAGUAUAAUUAUGUGCCAUCUAUCAACCAAGUUUUAAUUGAUCAUGAGUUUAAGGAGCACGAUUCAGAGUCUCAGGAUAUGGAAAGUUAA